CUUUCUUCAGUUCAAGGACUGACAGACCUGAUCACAGACCGCUCUUUCUUAAUUUGGAGUGUUGUUUAGUGCCAUUAAAAUGAGUGGAAAUGCUUUGUUAUUCUAUAUUCUUCUGCUGAGUGUCACUUUGUCCAGUGGUCAUGAAGAAGGUUACAUUAGGCUGGCUGGUGGCCAAGACUACGCUGAGGGCCGUGUGGAGAUCUUUCAUGAUGGAGUUUGGGGGACAGUAUGUGAUGAUAGCUGGGACAUGAAUGAUGCUAAUGUAGCGUGUCGACAGCUCCAUUUCCCUGGUGCAGCAGAAGCUCCUGGAUCAGCUCGUUUUGGCAAUGGGGUUGGUAACAUCUGGAUGGAUGAUUUAGGCUGCAGUGGGACAGAGUUUAACCUUCUCCAGUGUACAUUUCCUGGAUGGGGGGUCCAUAACUGCGGUCAUGGUGAAGAUGCUGGUGUUAGAUGUGAAAAAGGGUCGGAGCCUAACAACAGGGAUCUCAGCCGUGAGUACAUGUUGGACCACAAUGCAAGCCUCUCUCAGCAGUUGGGAGAGCUAUUUGGCAGCGGACAAGACUGUGAUGUGAAAAUUUCAGUGAUGGUGGAUAACAACAUUUUGGAGACCAUCUGCGCUCACAGGCUCAUCCUUUCUCUGAAUUCAAACCUCAAAGCUUUGUAUCCAGACCUCAGCCACCUGCGCAUUGAUGUGUCUUCUGAUUGCAGCCAACAUGCCAACAUAUUUGUCAGAUACUUCUACACAAGGAAGAUUAAAAUCACCUUAGCUUCCUCCCAUUGCAUUCUCAAAAUGGCUUCUAACUGGGGUCUGACAGAAUAUCAUAACGAGGCUGCAAACAUUUUCAGACUGUUUCUCCCAGAGGAUCCCACUUUCCAGAGUCAGAAAUCUUUUUAUAACUAUGCAGUUCACAAAGGUGAUGAGGCACUGCAAGAACUAUGUCUUCGUUACCUGGCGUGGAACUGCGAGGCGCUGAUCAACUCCCCGACCUGGACAAGCCUUCCAUUUGAUCUCGUCAAAUCACUCCUUCCUCGCUCAGACCUUGUGGUGCGUAAUGAAACGGUCAUCUUGAGUGGACUGGAGCGGUGGGCAGAAGCUCAAGGAAAUGCAACUAUGUUUGAGAUACUACUGAAGUUCAUCCGCUUCCCAAUGAUACCAACUGAGGACUUAUACAAACUUGAUAGUUCACAGUACUAUGCAAGCAAAUUAGAGGGGUUUCAGUUCAAUGCUCUUCCUGUCAGGAUAUUGCUCAGUGACCUGACAGAUAAUAUCUACACUACCAGGAUUUACACUGGCAGACCAUGGAGCUUUACCUUCAGCAGUCAGGAGAUCAGAGCUUACGAGGAUUCUGGUGUCUUCAUUUUUCAAGGCCAGCGCAUUAAUAGCCUGGCAUCUGAUUUCCAAACACCUGUUCAUAACAGUGCAUAUUUUGCAUUUCAAAGCAUGCGCUGGAAAAUAAGAGUCUAUAUCCGUGAAGAAGAUUGCACAAAGCAAAGUGUCACUUGCCCUUCUUUGCCAGCAAUCAGCUUGCAGAUUCAAGAAAAGAAUAUCCCCAGUGAGAUGGAGGGUCGUAUUCUUUACAGCAAUAAGCUUGUGCUUAUGUGUGAAGGCAGGCAUGUGUUCCACGUUGGUGAAUUCAGUGCUGUGGAUAGUGAUAGCCCUAUGGUUGUUCCCAGCAUCUCAGAACAAGUCUACCCAUGCCACUCAAACCUGUCCUCCUACCAGGUAGUGGUACGGCCUCGGUACUCAACAAAUUAGAGUUGAUACCCUUAGAAAGUGUUAGCAAAGAAGGGUGUGAAUCAAGGGAAGAACUGCACACGCAGUGGCAUGAUACUUUCUGCUUUCUCAUCCUUAAAUAACAAAGAAGCGCCACUUUGUGAUUGCAGCUACAUACACAAAGAAAAUAAGCACAAAUGAAGGUAGCUCCUAGAACACAAAAAAACUGUUUUAUGUAAGUUAUCCAAACAUGACCAAGCUUGUCCUACAGUUACAUGAGUGCUAUGGAAUGCAUUACUGUGGAUUGUUUGGGCCAAAAGUGUUAAUGAUGCUUGCCUGGGUUUACAUUCUUUUUGCAUUUUUAUCUGAUGUUAAGCAAAUUGAAAAAAAAAAAAAGUCUAAUCUACUGUCGUAAUCUGCUUUGUGUUCUUCAGAAUAUCGUGCUAUAUCAGUUUGUGGCAAUGUUUAUUUCUUGUAUUGUGCAUUGUAUGUGUAAUCAGCAUACAUUUCAGAGUAUUUACCCAUGAUUCACUGAAAAUGCUCUGAUCGUCAGGAGAAAUUUACUGCAGUCUUUGUCUGUCCAUCCUAAUACAAAGACAGUAGAAUUAAUUUAAUUAAUGAGAACAUCAGCUUCACAAUGUCAGUAAGCGUCUCUCCAGAAGUCAUUUUGUGUCAUUGUCAGAGAGAAAGAAAUUACUGUGUACUAAUAGAGAGAGUUAACAAUUAGCA